AUGGCUGGGCUAGCUAUCAUUGGAAGUGGCCUUUUUGCCAAAGAGCAGCACUUGCCUGCUGUGAAAGCAACCAAGGACUUGAGCCUAAAGGCUAUAUACUCUCGAUCACUCAAAUCAGCCCAGGAUCUUGCUAGUACUGUCUCUGGUAUUGAUCUUUACUCCGAGGAUUCUGGCCCUGGAAAGUCAUACGCAGAUUUACUGGCUCGUGAUGACAUUAAGGCCGUAAUUAUCGGCCUCCCAAUCUUGGUCCAGCCAGCCUUUAUUAGACAAGCACUGCUAGCAGGCAAGCAUGUGUUAUCUGAGAAACCCAUUGCCAAGGACGUGGCGGCAGCUCGAGAACUCUUGGAUUGGUACCACGCGAACAUUGACACCCAAAAGGUCUUCUGGGCCGUUGGUGAGAACUACAGGUACUUGACCAAGCUAUUGUUUGCAGCCGACAAAGUACGAGAAAUGGGAGCGGUGCGAAAUUUCCGCGUGAAUGUGCACAUGAUGGUAAAGGAGGAUAACAAAUAUUAUCUUACGGCCUGGCGCAAGACACCAGAGUACCAAGGUGGUUUCCUUCUUGAUGGAGGCGUUCACAUGGUUGCUGGACUGCGACUUAUCCUUGGUGGCAAUGAGAAGAUCGCAACUGUCUCUGCACACUCACAACAACAACAGAAGCAUCUACCUCCAGUUGAUACGGUCGAUGCAGUUGUUAAGACCGACUCCGGUGCCACGGGUGUUGUUUCUCUGUCGUGGGGCUCACCGUUUGAUGACAAUAUCUUUGAGUUCGCCUGCGAGAAGGGUAUGGUAAGAAUGCACUUUGAUGGAGUCACUGUUAAUGGCCAGGACCAUGUUAUCGAAUUUGAUGGAAAGGGAGUUACUCCUGAAAUCGCAGAGUUUGCAGCAGCGGUCAGUAAUAUGAGGCCUGUUGCGAAAAGGCAGUCGCCUGAGGAAGCUCUAGCAGAUUUAGAGGUUCUGGAACAGAUGUUACAGAGUGGAGAGCAAGACGGAGAGAAGCUGAAACUGCAGUGGCAGUGA